AUAUGUGAUUUUAGUAGCCACGGAGGGCCUUUGUGCAAAAGGGCACAAUGUUAUUAUGAGCUUCUCACUGGAUCUCUCUCCCCCGCGAAAAUGACGAACGCUCUUUCUUUCUCGUCCGCUGGCGGCUGCGCCGCCAACUCCACCACCGUCGGAGGCGGCGGAGAUGUCAACGUAGAGAAGCGAUGCGAUUUCUAUCUCUCAAAGAAGCGGCGUUACUGCGCGAACUCCCCGCUUCCUGAUUCCAAGUUUUGUGGGAACCACAACCCUUCCUCUAAAUCUCGCAGGGUCCCCUGCCCCAUCGAUCCUUCACAUUCUGUGUUUAGGGAGAACUUGGAUGCCCAUGUGAAGAAAUGCCCAUUGAAGAAACAAGUGGAAACCUUAGAAACACAGCCCUACUACUCUAAAGGGAUUAAUGCUGGGGUUUUAGGAGGGGAGAACGUCGGGUCGGAGGCAAAGAGGAGGGCCAUUCAUGAGAUGAGUGUGAGUGAAUUCAAUGAGCUUGUUGGAAAGAUUAGGGCUUUUCAUUCGGCCUUGAGAGUUGAGCUGAGGGAAUCUUUUGUGGAGCCUGAUGCUUGCAAGAAAUGGAUAAAUCAGCAGGUGGAUAGACAAGUGCCAUAUCAAGAGAAGCAUGUGAUGCAGCAGGUUUCAAUCAUUGGAAACAUGGAAGAAUAUGGAAUUCUCAGAAAAACCGAUGAGUCGGUCUUUGGAACAAAUUGUCAGCAAACGAUAGAAGUCGAUGGUUGUGGAGAUGAGGAUAAUAGCCCAGCAGUGGUUGAAUUUGGAGCAGGGAGAGGGUACUUAACUCACAUGCUUGCUGAUUGUUAUGAAACGAAGAAGAUAUUUUUGGUUGAGCGCAGGUCUUACAAGCUCAAGGCUGAUCGAAGUCUCCGUCAAAAGGAUAAUUUAAGCUUAGAGCGAUUGAGAAUUGACAUAGAGGAUUUGGAUCUGCAUGGAGUAGAAUCUUUGAAGGGACAUAAAUACCUGGCCAUUGGAAAACAUUUAUGUGGACCUGCUACUGAUUUGGCCAUAAGGUGUUGUAUUCCGGAACGCCAAAGCAUUAACAAGGAACUUCUUUCCAAUGGAUGUCGUAUGCGAGGUUUUGCCAUAGCAACAUGCUGCCACCAUCUUUGCCAAUGGAAGCAUUACAUAAAUACAAAUUUCAUGUCCAACAUGGGGAUAACAAAGGAGGAUUUUGAUGCUAUUUCAUGUUGCAGCUGGGCUUGUAGAUGGAAACCACAGGCUCUGAUGACGUUUCCUCAGUGACUGAUCAGAAAAUGCAUCUUAACACCUGUGAGGCGAAGCAAUCUGAUUCUGAGCACAAAGGAGUUGAAGAAACUAUCCGAAGCAUGCAAGCGGCAGAGAGGGCUGCUAUAGGCUUCAUUUGCAAAGAGAUCAUUGAUAUCGGAAGAUUGAUGUGGCUGAGGGAUAAUGGAU